AUGUCUUCGAUACCAACCAAACUUUGUCAGUCGGCACCACCAUUAAAUCCGAAUAAUAUUCGACAAGUAACGAUGAGACCAUAUACACCACGAUUCAGCAGUCUAUCAGCAAGAUUAAGAGUCACUGGACAUAUGCCGAAUAGAGAUGCGUUGUAUCGUCAAUUUUGUGCAAUAUUAUGGUUAUUACGUGCCAUGUGUUGGGAUUGGGGAGCUUCUAUCAGUGGUUGCUGGAAUAUAGCCGAAUGGAAUGAACCGGAUCGACAUAAAAAAUGGCAUCUUGACGAUCACGAAAAAAAUGCCAAACACCAACAUCAUCAAAAACAAAUGCAUCCAUAUACACAUCCGCACGUACCACAGUCACAAAUCGAGAAUAAUAAAUUAAUUUCUCAUCCAUCAUCACGUUUCGAAAAAAAAGAUGAGAGUCAGAAAACACCAAAAAAUAUCGAUGUACUUAAAAGACAGAAUAGUCAAAGGAUAAAUAUGACCACAUCACCAAGAACUAGUAGAAAACCUAGUAUUAUGUCAGUACGAACAGACAAUUCAUUCGACAUUCAGUCUUCUGUAACAGAGAGUGGUGAACGUCGACUAAGUACCGAUACAACCGUCGAAAAUAGUGUCGAUCGAUCAAAUCCUGUACAUCCUCAUUUAUCGUCACGUGUUAAUUCAAUCGAAUCUCUCAAUGAUGUAGAUCUAUCAGUAUUUGUAGCAAAUAAAGAUUUUGAAACUGAUCAUGAACAACGUUCAUCGCAACCACAUACAACAACAGCCAAUAAAUCACGUACUCCUCACUCCUUAAGUUCAAAAAUAGAUCGUCAUCGUAGUCCACAAAUGUUAAUGAAAAAAUGGUUACAGAAACAGAAUAUAUGGGAUGAUGAUCAACAAGAAUGUCCACUAAAAGAACGUGAUAUUCGUUAUCUACAUGUUGGAGAUGUACCUGAUUUAAAUCGAAUAUUUGGUAUAGAAAAUAUAUCGGAAAACAAAGAACAACAAACACAUCGUGAAUCAAGACAACCCGAUAGAAAAUUAGUGACAAAUGUUAAACGAAGACCAAAAACAUCUACAGGUCUUACCGAUUCAAAGCGUCAUGCAGAAGCCAUAAACAAAAUAAAACGUGAAUUUAAUGAUUUUACAGAAGAACAAUCGCUUAUAUUGAACAACAAAUUAGAACAAGCAGACGCGUAUGUAUACCACAAAUUCAUUAUUGGCUCCUCGAUAUUUACCUUUCAUGUUUCUGUUAGUGAUCGUCUAAUGUUAUGUCAAUCAAAAUUACGCAAUCUUCAAAAUAUGUCAUCGUUGAAAAUAUUAGAUCGUGUAUUGAGAACAAUGAGAACAGAUUUUGAUUUGAAAAAAUUAAAUGCUGCCUAUCUCAAAUAUCAGAGUUGGUAUGUGGAUUUACUACGGCAUAUUCAAGAUGAUUAUAAACACGAUCAUGUUAUACAGUUAUUGUUAAGAGAAAUGGAAGAACUAGCGCGACCAUCGAUGAAGCCCAAUGCAGUUAAAUUUAAAGCUGUUUUGAGUAAAUUGAGCGCUCAUGAAAUAUGUCAUCCUGAUAUUAUGGCCGCCAUUGAAUUUGUUCGUGUUCAUAUUAUCCAGAUGCCAAAUGAAGAUUUUGAUAAAUUUUUUGCAAAUAAAUUCCCGAAACAGGCAGCUGUGGUAUCAUUGAAUAAUAGCGAUGUGACAAACGAUUAA